AUGGAACACAAUAUCACAAUCGCUGAGACAACAGAUUCAGAAAAAGGAACAGGAAAUAAGGAAAAAGAAAUCUACAGAUGGAAAAAUACUAAUCAAACAAACUGGAAAAGAAAUAAAGAGUUGGAGAAGAAACGAAAAUGUUUGCCAUAUAAGAGUAAAACUGGAAAGUUUCUUGCAGCUAAACUACCUAAAAGUCCUAAAUGCAGCCAAAAUUGUCGCCAGAAAUGUACAGAAAAGUUUACACAAAACGAGCGUGAGAAACUUUGCAAAUCCUAUUGGUCUAUACAAGAUUUUAAGCUGCAAAAAGAGUUUUUGCUUAAGCGCAUCAUCAUUAAGCCAGUGCAGACUACAAGAAUAUCUGUACCGAUCGAAAAACAAAGAAGUUCUAGCAGAGAAUACGGUUUCUAUAAAAAUAAGACUGUAUUUGAACGAGUAUGCAAGAACUAUUUUAUGUCCACUCUUUGCAUUUCUACUGGUCCAAUCGAAACUGCAGUAAAACAUGUGGAUGAUCACGGUGUAUUUACAAAAAUGGAUAAUCGUGGCAGACAAGCGCCUGCAAACAAAACUCCUGGAGAACAGAUACAAGAGGUAAAAGAUCACAUUGAAAGAAUGAUUCCCAUUACUAGAAAAACAGUACAACCUACCUGUCAAUACAUGAGAUUUUAUUAG